CAAAUAUUGUCGAGAUUUUGAGUGCUAUUAGUAGAUAUCGAACAAAUCCAGUACCGUUACCUCGAACAACAAACUGCCAAUUACGGAUUUUAGCAGCUUUUAUUAUUAUUUCAUAGAAACAGACGCCGGUCUGCAAAAUAAUAGCCACGGGAGAGACUUAAAUUAAGUAGGCCGCGACCGUCACUGCCGCCUUUGCAUUUUAAAACCGCUUCGGAAACGUUGCCAGCUUGAACAAUUCCUUGCCUGCAUCGAUUCAGAUUAUUCAACGAAUUCAGACGAAAUUGUUUGUUUUCUGUUAAAUCGGGCAACGUUGAAACGUAAGCAUCUAGCAGCAGGAUCAGUCUCUGCUAGUCUUCUUCACCUGCGAAGUUACGGACUUCUGCUAGAGCGCAGAGGAGGCGGAACAAGAGAUUUCCGUAAGUUUCCGUGUUUUUUUUUCUUAUCCGCAGGGGUAAAUAUCGUGCGUGUUUUGGCCGGUAUUUUUUAGUUUUAGUUUUCCUGCUGAUGAUGUGAAUGUGAUUUAAUAAUUGUUAGCUUGUGUUUGGUGGAUUUAAUUUGAGCCUGCUGGCUGUCAAAGGAUCUUCUUAGAGUUGCCUUUCAGAAGAAGCGUGCAGCUGUAAAAAUGUCAAAUAAGUGACGUAAGCAACAUGCCGAGCGCCGCCGAGGUUAACCGAUCCGACUCCAACAGGUCGGACGCGUCCCAAAAACCCAGAGUGUCCUUUAACAGGGACGUGCACGUCAAAAGGAUCGUACCUCGAGAUAGUUCAAGAGUACCGGGCGCUGUUAUCGGUAUCGAUGGCGAUACAGUUUUGACGUCGCCGGUGCGCAGGGAACGGGUGAAAAAGUCGAAAAAAGAAUUGGCCGACGAAGCUGCCAAAGUUAUCAGUCAAGCGGAUAAAGUAGGAUGCGUUGCCAACGACAAAGGUACCAUUCCAGAAAAAUUCUACACUUUGCCUAAUAGAAAACGCAAUAUCAAAGAUAAUAUCCGAAAAGAGCAAGAUUUCUACUCCUUAGACCGAAAAUCGAAUAAAAGACGCAGUUCUUCCGAAUUGCAACCACCGAAAAAACCUCCUCGCACGUUCACCUCCGUUUCCAGCCCACAAUCGACCGCAAAACCUUCAAUUUUUGACAUUUUCUCGAAAAAACCAGAAAAACCGAAAAAAUCGAAUUUGAGGCGAAGCCUUAGCGAUGCUUCGGCUUUGAAAUCUAGAGCUUACGGUCCCGUUGCUGACGAUAAUCCGAAAGUUAGAAGGGAUGGUGGUGAUACCGAGGAAAAUGUUAAAAAAGUGAAUACGAAAAAACAGUUGUCGCCUAUUAUUGAAGUAACGCAACGUGAAGACUAUUUUACUGGUGACAAUAAGGAGAACAUUGAGAAUUCUCCCAAACCUGAAAUCCGUUCCGAAAGCGUAACGGAACAACUCAAAAACUACAUCGACGAAGUAGACGAGGAGCUUUACAAAGAAACCGGAAUCAGAAUAACGUCGACCCCGAGAAAAAGAGACCCCGAACCGAUCAUCAUAGACUUGGACAAAGCGGAAAACAUUUCCGGCACGAAAAAGCACAAAUUGAAUUUCGGUUUGGGCAAAAAAUUCAAGUCGCUGACCCAAAAAAAGCCCAAAGACCGCCAUGAAACAUCUGCCAUCGAAAUAGCUGCAAAACAAUCACCCACCAUGAUCCACAGCAGUCAAAAACCCGCUGACAAACCACCCUUGACCAAAGGCAAAACUGUCAAUUCGAUGGUGAAACGGCUGAGCAGCGAUUCGUGCUCGUCUCCGCCGCCUCCCACGCGCACUAACGUCCUCAUCAUGCCGAACGUCGCUGUGCAACACAAUAAUAACCAGCCAUUUUCUUAUACGCGGGGCGUCAGUCCCGAAAAAUACAAAUCCAACGAGGAUUUGCCCACUAAACCCGUCAUCUAUGCUCAGGUGGUUUGCGGAACGAAAGGAACUACUAACGAAAAACAAACAAUCCAUACCACCUACAAUGGUAGAAGACAGCCUCAAUCCGAUUCGGAUGAAGGCCUAGGCGGUGAAGACAGUUCGGGUUUCACAAGGAAAUACGAAACUGAAAAAUUGUCGUUCACGCGUUUCGGUGACGAUCAUUUCGAAAGCGAUACCGAAAAGUUGCUGGACGAAAUCGACAAGUACAAAGCCGAAAGUCCCAUUUUACCCAAGUACAGGCCGAAUUUUACGAGUAGCUACAUGGAACGCGGCAGGGCUGACGGUAUGGACGCCAAGCGCAGAGAAAGUUUGACUGAAAACGACCAGGGUUUUUUGCGGAACGAUCUUUCGGCAAGGAGAGAUCUUCUGGAAUCGAGAAUUAACAGGAGGAUGAACGAGAAAAUCACUCCCUCGCCGGAGUAUCCUAAAAAUAACGUUUACGUUGUGGAGAAAUCGUCGAAGUAUUACAGGAAUGGUUCUACUAGUCCGACAGGCUACAAAGAAAAAUUUGUUUCUGAGACUAAAAAAGAUGCUUUUGGUGAAAGACGUACCGAAUCGAGAACGAAAAAAUACUUUGGCGCACCCGAUCUGUCCGACAGCGAACCAAAAAGUUUGGACUAUCGAUCCGCACCAAUGGAUACGCGCCAUCGAUACGAUUCUAGUCAGACGAUCAACACGCGUAAUCGAUAUCGCACUUCCGAAAAGCCAAAACUUGUAAAAGACAAAACGAUUUACCGAUCCACUCCGGAAAUGUUUCACAAUUCGCAUCAGAUUCCUCCAAGGUCUUACCAUGACUCGUUACCCAGAGAAGAAAAGUUUGUGAAAACUUUAAACAGGCAAGAAAGCGACAGAAGGACUGAUCGAUUAGUUGACAGUGGUAUUGAGAAUGACAUCAGGCGUGAUAGUAGCGAAAAUUAUCGUCCUACUAGGCCUGCUAGAACGAAACAUGAACUUUACAAUGAAAGUGAAGAUGAAGGUUUUGCAAGUUCGCUCUUGAUUACUAACGAAAAGCACCACACCGAAACGAACCAUCAUAACCCGAGAAAAUCCCGAAUAGAUUACGAUUCCGACGAGUUUUACAGGAACAAGUACAUCCCUAGGGAGCGAAGUAUCGACGACGGAUCACAUUUCGAUCCCCGAUUAGAUAAGGACGUGAUUAUGAAACGCGCUAAUGAAAGGAAGCCGCCUAAAGCGGAGAAGAAGAGUAGUUUAGAAAAGGUAAAGUCUCUGUUCACCAGGGACAAGAAAAAAGACAAAACCUCAACCCUCCAAAAGCAAAAAUCCAAAUCGUUGCACGGCAUCCGACAAGGGGACGCUAAAAGUUCAGACUACAAAAACAGACGAAGACUGUCUACUCCGAGUCCAUCCAGAGACGCUCCAGCACCAAAACGCACCGAAUCCACUCACGGCAGUUGGUUCAAGUCCUUGGACAGGCUCACAAGAAGGAAAUCUGAUAAACACCCCAAAGAUGGCUACAUGACCACGACCGAAGACGAAGGUACCAUUAUCACCAAAAAAAUAUCUUCUUCCGCCAGCAAUUUACGCUUUUUCGGCGACACCGAUCCAGAAUCCAACGACGACAGCGUCAGAGGCAUGAAAACCCACAAAAAACGCACAGUCUCGGGACUGAAAUCUCAGUCGACCAGAGACCUGCACGAUAUUUCAGAAGAGAAACGCGCGGGACAUCACAAGUCACUCACCAACAUAUCGGAGACUGAUUUUAAAGGUAGCAGGACGAGCCUGAAGCCUCCAAUUUCUCCUGGUAAUAGAUAUCAGCGAGAUUUGAAUCAUAGGGAUGACCGGAGGAGGCGCAAAAGGCCGGAUUUGAGCUCGGUGGAAAGUUCUACUGAAGGUGACAGUAGUCAGCAGUCGCAGAGGAGUAUUGUGUACUUACAUGCUGCUACAGUUGGCGAUAUUCCCGGACCGGGAUAUUUGAAAUCAAACACGCGAGCAGCAUCGCGCGAAGACCUCACCUCGACCAAUUCGAGCUACAUUCAGCCCCAAGUCAAAACGUUGAGCCGGUCGUUUUCGGUUUUGGCGCCGUGGAGGCCGCGUCAUCAGAAAGAGGCCAUGGACAUCGACUACACCCAGUACAACAAGCAACCGAGAAACGGCAAAUACGAACAGAAAUCGAGUAAGAGCGGCUCGAAUGUCAAUUCGACUUUGAAGAGGAAAACGCAACGCAGUCAACCAACUCUGAAUAGGAAGAGUAGGAGUAAGGAAAACUUGACUGGGCUUAAUAGACAAUCGAAAGAAGAAUUAUCACGAGGUUCAACGUCAACGCUUUACAAGAAGAAAGAAAAACUGCCGCGUGAAAAUUCUAGAUACGUGCGCGACGAUAGAAAAAUGCCUGGAAAAUGUCAAUCGGUGGAAUCGAUUUCGAGAAAAACCGACAGGGACGUGUCCAGAUCGGUGUCGAUGCCCAGAGAUACGGAAAAAACCGCCGGGUGGUUUAAAAAAGUGAAAAAGUCAUCGAGCAAUCAACGACUGUGAUUUUCGAAUGAUGAUCUUGUGCCAUUGUCGUUGGGUGUUUGAUUUGUAUUGUGCCUUAAAAUUGGAUUUUAUUUUCUUUUCGUUACGUUGCGUGCCUAGUGAAAAGGAAAUAGAAUUUUUCUAGUGUUUAGUAAUUUUUACCUAUUUCCUCUAACCUCUAUAAUUAAUAAAUUAAUUUACGAAAAUAAUGUUAAUAAUUAAUUCAUGGUGCUAUAUUUUAUAAUUAAUUGUAAAAUUAUUGUAAAUUGUGACUUGAGAGUGUCUGUAUAGGGAUGUAGGUACGUGUGUAUGGUUUCGGAGUUUUGGAAUUGAACAAAUUUUAAACGAAAUAUGUUACCCUGUCAAUUUUUAUCUGCUGCGUAUUUUGUAAAGAUUUUUUUUCAAAUAUUAGUUUGUUAAAUACAUUUAUUGUUUAAAGUGCUAUAUUAAUACCUUCUAAAAUAAAAGUUAAUGACUAAUAA